AAUGACUAUUAAAAUAUACGCGGCAUUAUUUAACAUAAUUCGACGCAAUUAUCUCAGUCUUCUUCUCUACAUAUUUCUCCUCUUCGUUCCUCUACGAAAAACCUAACCCAUUUCACGAGGAAUGUAUUUCCGACCUAACGGGAUCAAACGGGAUGACGUGUAACUCUGCUGACACGAAUGGAUAGGGUCCUUGGUUCGAUCCCGGCCCUCGCCCCGCAUAUUUUCCCGUUGAGGGAAAUUUCAAAAGUUGAGCGCUUGAAGAUGGUCAAGCGCCGCCUCGGAUUCGGCGUUUGAUCACGAUGGAGCACGUGAAUUUCAAGGAAUUCCUAGAAAUAUCACGCCGAUAUAACUUGACGAUCGAAAGGCGCUCCCACAAAAGGGGGCGAAUGCAACAAAAUGAGGCGUAUUUCUGAGGAAACAAAUUUGCAGCCGCGAAUCCAGCAUUAUCGGCUCUAACAAUGAUGGAUAUUUAGAGUGUGCGUCCGGGAGCUGACUAUCAGCGCUACUUAGCGCUGAAAGCGUCGUUCUGGCUAUUCUCGACGCAUAAUGGGCAGCAAAGAUAGAAUAAUGUUUUUAACGCUAAGUAGCAGUGAUAGUGAGCUCCCGAACGCACCCAUAAGAGCUGCGAUAUGAGCUGCGUUCGACACAAAUUUACAAAUCCAAGGCGUUGGAGCGCCCUUCCUUCCUUUCUAUCUCAUUCUCUUCUUCACUCGAAUACAAAAGGGCCACUCCGACGCCUCGAGUUUGCAACGCCGAGCGCAGCUAUUAUUGCCUCAAACCAUGCGACACAUGCAACGGAUGUUUGUUCGUAUCAACGCAGUUGACCUCAGAGGUGAACAGCGUUAAGGCACUUCUUCAAACACGAGAUUUCUACAGAGCCUGCUUGUCGAGUUCUAUUGGUGGCGAACAGUGUCCGCAGUUUUAUAUGAAUUUGCGUUUUAUCGAAGGCGCGGCUCAUUCCCAGUCAGCAAAAUGUUGGCAGAUUCAUCAGAAGCCCACACCAAAACCAUCUGUGUCCGCAUUUGGCUUUCGUUUUGGCAACAAAGUCUGUAAAACAGACUGUCGGCAGAAACCGAGCAGGUCCAGUUAUGUGAGCAGAUUUGGUUGUAUUUCUGCUGACAAACGCUGGCAACGUGUCGAAUAUAUCAGUUCCUGCGUGCAAUCUGCAGUCUUUCUCCCUUCAAAAUAUGUAGUGGGCAUUUGACGAAAUCUGCUCUGGCAGAUUUGGCUGUCUGGAAAUAGUUGCGACUAUUGUUUACUUUCUUCUACGGAGCAUCAGAAGAACGUAAUUUAGUGAAAGAGCACUGGAAGGACGUAAUUCAAUAAAAGAUGUCCUUCGCGGGGAAAGUUGUUCUGGUGACGGGGGCCAGUUCAGGAAUUGGUGCUGCUACGGCUGUCCACCUGGCUCAGCUUGGCGCGUCGCUGUCGCUAAGCGGGCGCAAUAAGCAGAAUUUGAACAAGGUGGCCGAGCAGUGCGGCCAGUCGAAGCCGUUUAUCGUGACGGGGGAGCUGACCAACGAGAGCGACGUGAAGAAUAUCAUCGACGCGACGAUCAAGCACUACGGCAAACUGGACGUUCUAGUUAACAAUGCUGGAAUUCUGGAAUCCGGUAGUAUAGAGACCACAAGCCUGGAACAGUACGACAACGUUUUCAACAUCAACGUUCGCUCGGUGUACCAAUUGACAGCACUGGCGGUGCCACACUUAGUCAAGACGAAAGGCAACAUUGUUAACGUCUCUAGCGUAACCGGAUUACGAUCUUUCCCGGGUUGCCUGGCAUACUGCAUGAGCAAGGCGGCCGUGGAUCAGUUUACGCGUUGCGUCGCCCUGGAAUUGGCACCAAAACAGGUGCGCGUGAAUGCUGUGAAUCCCGGUGUUACAGUAACAAAUCUCCACGAGAGCAGCGGAAUGAGCAAAGAGCAGCUCGCGAGCUUCUUCGAGCACAGUAAAGAGACGCAUGCCCUCGGAAGAACGGGCGACGUCACGGAAGUCGCAAAGACCAUUGCGUUUCUGGCGAGUGACGACGCUAGUUUCAUAACAGGAGCGACGUUACCUGUGGACGGAGGUAGACAUGCCAUGUGCCCUCGCUAAAGGUCUUGUAUUACCUUCACAGAUGAUACAUGGUAUAUUUUUUUAUAUAGUCUACAACAUAUACAGUACAUUAAGCUACAUGUAAUAUUUGCGUUCUGCCAGGCAAUUCCAAGAAAAUGCAUUGGAAAGUAUUUUGAAUUUAGCUAUAUCGUAAUUGUUACAUAUAUUUGCUAUGUUACUUUUAUAAAAAAAAAGCUAUACUGAUAUGUUUGUACUUAACAGAACGAGAAAAGAAAAUAAAAAUAUUAUAAUACAGCCAGAGAGUAUAAGUGGUUCAAGUAAAAUGCGCCGUUGCAAAAAAAUGCAAUAAAUGAACCUGAAUAUUUUCAAUUUUCAAUAAUGCACAUUUCGUAGAAUAAAGUGAAUUUUAUACUAGAGUAAGGUAAUUUGCGUCUCAAGAGAACGAACCAGUAUACAUAUGUAACGCAAGGCAAACGAGCAGGACAUUUAAUUGAGCCAAUAAACGUUCUAUUUGAAAAUU